UCAGCACACAUCGACCGAACUUCUACUUUGCGGUAUGGCGCACAGCAUGCUUCCCUCGUUUCCUUUCUUCGACGCGCGUGCCACUGACGCCAAUAACGUCGGCACCGAAUGGUUGAAGUGGGUGAAACGCUUCGAAAACUUCAUUGUAGCCUGCGGCAUCACAGCCGACGCCCGGAAGACGGCCCUACUACUACACUACGUUGGUGAAGAAGUUUAUGACAUUUACUGUUCGCUACCUGAUUCUCCCGCAGCCGCAACUGCGUCUACCGUUUCAAGCACCGAUGGCUCCAGCAACGCAACGCCUCUCUACACCGCAGCACGCAAGAAGCUCGAUGGCUAUUUUGCACCCCGAGUGAACCCUACCUUCGAGAUUUACCGCUUCCGUCAAGCCAAGCAAAUGGAAAACGAAUCACUCGACGCGUUCUACGCCAGACUACGACAGCUAGUUAAGCACUGUGCUUUCGCCGAUGCCGAAACCGAAAUCAAGAAUCAAAUCCUCCUGUCUACAGUGUCAACCCGUCUACGCCGGUAUGCCAUGCAGCAUGACCUCGACUUGCAAGGAAUUCUCAAACAAGGCAGGUUGUUUGAAGAGGUCGAGCACAACAUCUCUGUGAUCGAGCAAGAACGUCAGCAGUACAAAGAAAACUCAGCGUCAGCGUCUACACUUGCAGUGAACUCCAAGCGCACCUCGCGACCUCAUCAACCGAAGUACCACGGGAAAGCGCCAUCACGGCCUUGCGAGCCUCCGCGCCAUCAAAGGACAGACGCAACAUGCUACAACUGUGGAAAAUCAUGGCCUCAUAGUGAGGGACGCUCCAGUUGCCCCGCUCUUGGCAAACAGUGUAAUGCUUGUCACAAAACUGGACACUUUGCUAGUGUGUGUCGUUCAACACGCAAAACCGUGCAUGCAAUCGUGCGGGAAAGCAGCCCUGACAGUGAUGAACACGUCUUCAUGACUUCCUCUCACUGUCGCCCAAUCACGGCCUCUCCCCAGGUGGAUCUGAAACUCGAUGGUGAGACCGUCCGUUUUACCAUUGACACUGGUGCUACCGUGUCUGUCAUCGGUUCGAAUAGCUUGAAAAAGCGUUUGAGCACGGAAUCGCUGUCCAAGACGUCCAAGAAAGUAUUUGCUUAUGGAACAAAUUCUCCUUUACGGCUACUCGGAAAGUUAGACGUUCUCAUCACCUACAAGAACAGCAGCAGCCAUGAAACUGUCUACGUUGUGUCCGGAGACUGUACCCCACUACUUAGCUUCUCUGCAGCUUCCCGUCUAGGACUAGUUCAGAUCACGUACAGUGUGGGAGAGGUGCCAAACAGACUGGAUCCGAGAGUGGCCUACCCAGACCUUUUCAAGGGAGUGGGCUGUCUGAAGGACUUCCAAGUACACCUCCAUGUUGACCCCCUUGUUCAACCAGUAGCACAACCUCACAGACGCAUCCCCUUCUCCAUGCGAAGGCCACUGGAAGAAGAGCUUCAAAGGCUACAGUCCCUCGACAUAAUUGAAAAGACUGAAGGACCAACCCCUUGGGUAUCUCCAAUCGUGGCAGUACCGAAACCACAUGACCCCGAGCAUAUUCGAAUGUGUGUCGACAUGCGCUGUGCUAACCAAGCCAUCCAGCGUGAGAGACAUGUCACACCGACAGUGGACGACAUCCUUGUUGCUUUGAAUGGAUCCAUCUUAUUCUCUGAUCUGAAAGAUGGAUACCACCAAUUAGAACUUGAUGCAUCAUCUCGUGUGAUCACCACAUUCUCUACACAUGCUGGACUCUUCCGAUACAAGAGACUCAACUUCGGAAUCAACUCAGCAGCCGAAGUGUUCCAGGACACCAUCCGUCAGGUUCUAACCAACAUCACCAAUGUGCUCAACGUAAGCGAUGACAUAUUGGUGUAUGGAAAGACUGAGAAAGAGCAUGAUGAAGCUUUGAAGGCGACACUGGAAUGUCUACUUGCAAGUGGCCUCACAUUGAACGUCAAGAAAUGCAAAUUCUACCAACAGGAACUUACCUUUUUCGGGCAUGUGUUCUCAAGCAAAGGUGUACAACCAGACCCCACUAAGGUGUCUGCAGUAAUCGGUGCCUCACCACCCACCAGUGCCAGUGAAGUGAAAUCUCUCCUUGGUCUUGUUAACUACUGUGGUCGUUUCAUACCGAAUCUGGCCCACCUCACCCAACCACUCAGGAAACUCACAGCCAAAGGAGAGGACUGGUGCUGGACAGACAUACAGCAAGAUGCCCUGGACGAACUGAAGAGAAAGCUUUCCGAGGCCACAGCUCUUGCCUACUUUGACCCAGGAAAGGACAUCACACUCAUUGUAGAUGCUGCUCCUCAUGGCCUAGGUGCCAUUCUCACGCAGACAUACGGAAGCGAAACCAGGGUGGUAGCAUAUGGGAGUCGUGCCCUUUCUCCUGUGGAGGCACGCUACUCUCAAAUUGAAAGGGUAAUGCUGGCUGUAGUCUGGGGAAUUGAGCACUUUCACAUCUACCUGUAUGGGACAGCAUUCCACCUACUAACGGACCACAAGCCAUUGGUCAGUAUUCUCAGCAACCCCCGCUCCCUGCCUUCAGCACGGCUAGAGCGUUUGGCACUUCGAAUUCAACAAUACACCUUUGAAGUGCAACACACUAGUGGUCCAAGCAACCCAUCUGACUACUUGUCCCGCCACCCAAGUGAUGGUUUUGCAGAGUUUGCUAGCGAGCUUGGAUUCAAGCAUCACCGCAUCACUCCACGGUGGCCAGAGGCUAACGGGGAAGCCGAACUAUUCAUGCGCACCCUCAAGAAGUCGAUACUCGCAAGUCGUGUCAGCCACUUGGAUUGGACCAAUGAGCUUCAGUCAUUCGUACUGGCUUACAGGUCCACACCCCAUGGUUCCACAGGAAAGUCUCCGUUUGAACUUCUAUUUGGGAGACCCAUGAGGAAUAUUCUACCGACACUUGCUGCUGAUACUCAGAACUCAGCUCACUCUGAGGCGAGACAGAAUGACACCCAAAGAAAAGCAUACAACAAGCAGUACGUCGAUUCUCGGAGACACACCAGUCACAACCAGCUGCAUGUUGGACAACAAGUCCUCUGCAAACAAGACAGGUCAAACAAGUUCUCGUCUUACUAUGACCCCCAUCCAUACACAAUCACCAAAGUUACUGGCUCCAAAAUCACAGCGUCCAGAGAUGGAGUGUCGAUUUGUCGCAACUCUAGCUUCUUCAAAGAUGCGAGGACAGUUCAAAUGGAACGAAACCAGGACCAGCCCGACAUGCCAGAUCAGGACGAUGCAGCUGUGCCAAGUAACUGUGACCCUCCAAGCCACCGCACAGCUACUCCUGGUGAAGCUCCACCAGCAACUACCAAGACCGCCUCACAGCGGUACCCCCAACGAACAAGGCAACGACCUGAGCGCCUGAAAGACUAUGUGUGA